UGCAGAACCCUGCAACCAGGCAGCCAGCUGCUUAGAGACAGCCUAGCAGGCUCAUUUGUCCUGAUACUCUAGUCAGAGCAGGAUGUUUUCUUGUUGUCUUGGGAUUACUCGAGGCUCAGACCAUAAGAAAGAGAAAAGAGGAGGCCAUGGUGGAGGCCAUGGUGGUACCCGGAGAUCCCGGGUUCACUCCUGGCUCCAACGCCUCUGGCCAUUUGGCCGGAGAGGAACAAACUCGACCCAGGGCAGCCAGGGCCAGGAUCACACAGACCAGGUUGAGAAGGAGUCUGCCCCAAAGGACCUGAAGAAGUCCUAUAGAAAGUCUCGCUUCAGUGCUUUGGAAGAGGUGGUGAUUCACCUGGUGAUUUCCCUGCAGACUGGGGAUCCCUCUGUUGUUCUCACAUUCAUUUACAUAUAUCAAAGGUAUGCAUACUUCUACCCUGAUUGUGAAGAGGAUGAAGAAGUUAUGGGAGCCAUCUCCACCCUCCUGGACAUACGGAUUGAGAAGUUCCCUGAGGAUUUUUGCCAGGCAUCAGUCCUGUCCAUUCUGAAACAAGUGAAGAACUACUUGAUUGUCAACAUUCCCCAUUCAGAUGUUGUCAUUCGUGUCAAUGAACUCCUGACCCAGCUGCAGGCAGAAGUGGCCAGUGACUCAGAGGCCAGCACUGAGGAAGCCUCAGAGAUGCCUGCAUCAGCAGCACAUCCUUAGAUCUGGGGAGCCGCAAAUGCACAGAUCUGGAGCUUGAAGUCUGUUAAUCAACAACGAAGACAGCUACACCGGAGCUGGAGACCACAACAAGCAACAGAAGUUUCUGUGACACCCGUGAGAUGUGGCAGCAGCGGUGGGUCACCACACGGGUUAGCAGCUGUGGAUACUGAGUGUCCUCAUGUCAGCAGAUAUUGCAGCUUUUGCACACCUGACUUUGCUGCAGUGGGUCUCCCUCCCCAGGGAAUGGCCCUGCCACCUGUUUCCCUUCUGCUGAACCAUCAGUAUCUGCUCUGCAGACAGCACCAGUUCUCUUGUUCCCCACAGAAUCCCUCCCGGAUUUGAACCCCCAGCAUUCUCAGCCCCACAGCCAGCCUCCCCAUCCCCUGAGUAACUGUUUUUAUUAUUCUGGUUAUUUUCGAUACUGUGUUAGUUUAAGUAUUGGUUUUAAUAAAUUGUUCGUUUGUUUUU